AUGAGCUUGAAACUUUUUCUUUUCGCUGUUGGAACUUUGGCGCAAACUGAAAUUGGAAGCAGAGUUGAACCUCCGGAUUAUGUUGUGACUUGCGAGUGUUCACUUAACUCGGCAGUAAAUCAAUUUACAGGAAGAGUUGAUAUCAACAAAACAGCUGGAUGUCCCUAUCCAAGAAAAGAAGAACUCGAAGAACUCUACCCGGACCCAAUUAAACGUUCCUUCAAAGCGUACACCUCGUUCUACAACAAAACGGAAGAUAAAUAUUACUGUAAAGUCCGCGCCGGCCACUGCAUCGACAUCGCCCACUGGCAACCUAGAGAUGAAGAUCUCAACGAAGAAGGCUAUCCUUGCCACGAGAGGAAAUGCGCAAAGAAGCUUUACACGAUGAAAGGCUGUGUAGAAUUCAACCAAACAAAUCCAGUUCGAGAUUCGACGACGAAAUUUCGACCGAGCUCUUGCAGCGGUCAAUACGGAGAGGAUGAAAAACGAAAAAACGGCAGCUUCACAUUGAAAAUAACCGGCAUCGCGCACGUCCCGCUUAUUUCAGGAUGCAACCCAAUCUGUACGGGAAAAGAUUUGAUCGACAAAAACGAAGAUCUAAAAAAGUUUGCUUGCAAGACUGGCUGCUCAUUCUCAAGAGUUUAUUGCUGCGCUGAUGAUAAGUGUAAUACUGAUCUUGCGAAGAACUACACGCCCUACGAGGGAUUUCUCUACGAGGAAUGGCAGGAUCAGUUGGAGGAAUCUAUCAGAACAAAACGAUCUCAAGCGUUCAACAGCACGAGUGACUCUUCGAUAAUAAAAGUAAAAACAUAUUUAUAUGCUCUUGUUGUUCUCUGCACCCUUCUUUGA